CCCGCAUUGAUUGUUGUAAACAGCUAGUUAGUAUAGUGUAUUUACAGCUAAAGGACACACUUUUAGUAACGAUGAAAAUUUUGUGUUUUAUUGUGCUUCCUCUUUUCUUUUUCUCGCAUGGAUUGUGCCAGACCUACGAUGUUCUUAAGGACAAGUUGUCAGAAAGGCCACACUUUGGAGGAGUCAUGGGAAAAUAUCUGAAUAACCCAGGUCUAAUCUUUGAACCAAAUGUAGCAUCAGUGGAUGGCUUGAUUAGGUUUAAUAAGGCUAGACCUUCGACUUAUAAAAUCUACACAAAUCGUCUAGAGUCCAUUUUAUUAAAGUACCAAAAUGAAUUCCAAUAUUCUCUGGAAAAUGUCUACGACUGUGCUGCCUAUCAAGGAUAUAGACCUCAAAGCGAAUGGAACACUAUCUGCAGGCAUGAUCUGACUGAGUUAGGAUCUAUGUGCUCAAAACAACAAGGUUUUGGAUUUGAAGACGGACAGCCCUGUAUUGCAUUAUCUUUGGAACGGAUAGAAAAUUGGUUGCCGGAACCAUAUACAAAUGACACUGUUCCAGAAAAGAUUCGAAAUGACUGGUACGAGUAUGCAGUCACAGUUCAUUGUGAAGGGGAGGAUCCAGUUUCAAAAGACAAUAUGGGUCCUAUAUUAUAUUUUCCUGCGGAAGGAUUCCAUUUCAAGUAUUUUCCAUACGUUGGACAGAAUGGAUGGAAAAGUCCAAUCGUGUUCGUACGUCUUGAUUCUGCCACACCUGCCACGGUAGUAAGGGUCACAUGCACAGCUUAUGCGAAAAACAUGAAAUAUGACGACUUGCUGAACACUGGGAAAGUAUCUUUCGAUGUCAUGGUAGAUUGAAAAGCACUAUUGUAGUUUACAGUCACAAAUGAAUGGCAAAGUAUUUGCCUAAUAGAUCACUAGGUGUGUGUACAAAAGGCAUAAUUUGUUGAAUAUAUACAAAAGUUCCAUAUUCUUUCAGUGUAUCUAUAGUUAUAUUGUUUGCCCCAAGUCAAGUUUAUUAUUAAAUUCUCAGUAUGUAAAUAACAUAAACAUAAGAUUCACAUUUCAAUAAUUAUAGUAAUAAUAAAAACACGUGAUCAGUAGAGGACAACUUAUUAAAAAAAGUGAAGGAAUCGGCGUUUAAGUUUCAUCUUACUGAGAAUCUAUCCAGUAUUAUGAUUUUAGUGCAUCGUAACCUAGUCUAUAAUUAGAAAUUUUUAUAACUUCACUCAGUAUCUAAGUUUUUGAUUGGUCAGAUUAUUUGCACGCGCUUCUGUGUAGAAUUAUAAUGACCAUAAAUAUGUUACUAGGUCAAACAUAUGAGUUAUUAUGUCAUAAUCAUUGACCGUGUGAUUUGUUUUGAGAAAAGCAUGUUUAAUUCACUUUUAAUGUCCCUCACACGUGGUCUACCAGAAAAACGGUGUUCCGCGAUUAAAAGGGGGCAAAUUCAGUGGCACAAAAUGGUGUUAAUGCGGAUAAAGAUAUUAAUAAUUAGAAUUCACAGCAGUUGUGUCAUUUUGUGGAAUUUAAAUUUUAAAUCUUUGAAAAAGACAGUACUUUUUAGUCAUUUAAUUAUUAGAGGUGUAUGGCUAUUGAAGCCGUGACUAAUUAAACAAUGCAUACCAAAUUUGUAAACAUUUAUAUUUGCUCUAGUAUCGUUAGCCGAAAUGAUUUCUGUCAAAGAAGAUGGACAACACGUACAAUUUACAUAGUUUUGGUCAGCUUUGUCACGAGCUUCUGAAGGUUAUGGCCAUUCCUUCUUUUUAUAAACCACUGAUUGGUACAUGCUAUAUGAAAGUGGUUUUGUUUUUCGUUCUUUGAUUUAAAUUUGUCUUCAUUCAGGUGUACUGCUUUGCCUUGCAGAGAAAUGACCGUUUAAGGAAAUGAUUAAAAACAAACACGUAUAGCCACAUUAUAAGAACGUAAUGUCUCCAAAACGGAACCAUACCAUAACGUUAAAAAGGAUAUAAUUAUGUAAAAGUUUAUUUUUAACCAAAAUUCAUAUAAUAGGAAGAGCAGCAGUAAUCGGGGAUAAAAGAACAAACAAAUAAAUGAUCAAAUUGGAGCACCAUCUUGGAACGGUCAAUGGAAAGAAACAGUUAAUGGUGCACUCUAAGCCAAACUCAGAAGUCAGCUAUAUUUUAUAUAAUUGUGUACAAUUUACUCGACUAAGUUAUGGCAGACCUACUUUCUAAAGUGUCACCCACAUCUAGUGGGAGAGACGUUUUGUUUCGGUGAUGUCCGUCUGUCAGUCUGUUUAUGAGUUUGUCUGUCUGUCAAAACCUUUGUCCACGCAACUCCUCCGACAUCGCUGAACGGAUUUACACCAAAUGUCACAAGAAUGAUCAUUGCUAAACAUAGUUUUGCAUAUCAUCGGCUUUUACCGGUUUGGUGUUUUUUAGCGCAGGUAUGACCUUGGAAUCAUCAAAUUUUGUGAUGUUUUGGCCUCUCCUCUUAUCAUUGUGCAGAUUUCCACCAGGCCUUACAGGAGUGGUCAGUGGGUACCACUUUGUGCAAAUUAUUGGCAUUUUCCGGUUUCAUGAUUUUUAUCAGGGUCAUGGUCCUUCAUUGUUCAAACGUUAUGAUGUUUUGGCCAUUUCUCUCAUAUUAAUAUGCGGCUUUUAACCAAACCUUAUAGGAGUGAUCAUUGCCAAGGCUCAUUAUACAUAUUUUUAGCAUGUUCCGGCUCAGUGUGUUUUUUUUUUCAGUGGAGUUAUGGCCCUUGAUUUGUCGUAUUUUACCUUGUCCGGGACACUGCUUCUAUACCACCAGGAUACAUUACACUAAACUUCACAAAAGUGAUCAUUACCAAGCUUAGUUGGGCAUACUGUGGAAAAGUUCCAGUCCGGUGUUUUCAGCAUAGACUUGGGCACUGAUUCGUCAAAUUGUAUGAUGUUAGCCACUUCUCUUAAAUUACAGGAGGCGAAUAUCUUCCAAACCUUGCGUGAGUGAUCAGUCUCAAGUCUUAUUUUGCAUGUCUUCGGCAUGUUCCGGUUCAGUGUUUUUCAGGGGAGUUAUGGCCUUUUUCGUCAAAUUUUAUGAUAUUUUCUCUUACACCAUUUGGCAGAUUUCCAACAAACCUUUCAGGGGUUAUCUGUGUCAAGCAUAGUUAUACAUAUUAUUGACAUGUUCCAGUUCAGUGAGUUUCGGCGGAGUUAUUUGAUUUGACCUGUUUUACGUUGUUUACAUUACUUGCUGUAUGCAAUCAGGCUGAACUUCACCAAACCUCACAAGAGAUUAGUGUGAAGCGUUUGUGUACAAAUUACUGUCAUUUUCUGAUUAAAUUAUUUUCAGAGGAGUCAUGGCAUUUUAUAAAAUUCUUUGAUCUGUGCUACUUCCUCCAUAUCACUCGUUGGAAUUCCAUCAAACUUCACACGAAUUACUUCUGCCAAGUUGUUUGUGUUCAUAGACUUUUCCUGGAGUUAUAACCCUUAUUUGUGUCAUUUCACAAUUGCUGCGUGGUAAGUGGGGGAGACAUACGUGUUUCGUCAAAAACAAGCAAUAUUUUUUGUUUUAGUUAUAGUUUAGAUUUGCCUCUACCAGGUUUUAUUUCUUAUAUACAAGAAUUCCCGCCAAGGUCAGAAACCACAAAGUCACGACAUGGUCAAGAACCACACACAUUUUUAUUUUGAUCUGAAUAAGCCUUAUUUUAUCUCAUCCUAUUUGUAUUAUAUGAUUUUAAAGUGCUACAUUAUAUAUAAUAUUGAAUUUUAGCUUUUAUGUAAAUAUUUUAAAUAAAUACGGACAUAAAUA